AGCUCCGCAACCGCCCGAACCAUUGCCUUUCCUCAGAUCAAACCGGAUCCGGAUUCGCCUUUCCUGGUGGCGUAUGCCCCUGUUCUUCUUAGCUAUGGCAUCACCGAGGAGACAUGGCGGUCGUUCAUGACCACCAUCUCAGCCUUCCUAACGGCCACUAUAUCAGAUCGCGCCCUUUCACAUGCCACCGAUGUAGCUGCCCAUAUUGGCCAAAACCCCAAAAACCUGGGCAAAAAUGUUGCUGCCCACGCCAAGUCCAUUGGUAGGAACGUCUCGGACAAUGCCAAACGGGGCAAUAUCAUAGGUGCUGCCAUGGGCCUCAUCGGAGGCACCAUCUCGCUGCCAGUAACAACGGCCCUAGGCAUCGUGGGCACCACUCUGGCGCUCCCCAGCCAGGCCAUUGGGGCUGUGACCAAGAGGCCGAGAACUCCUCAAGAGAGAGCUGCGACGUAUGCGGCUGUUGCAAACGAACAGUGGCUACACAUGCGCGGUUUACACGCACAUCUAUUUGAUUCCGCGGGAUUGGCUCAUCAUCUGGGAAUGCCGUUGGAAACUUUGUUAAGCCUGGCUUGGGAGACUAAGGAGAGCGAUGCUGCAAGACAGAUGAGGGCACUGGAACCGCAUAUUGCAGGGCUUGAUGUUGACGAAGGAAUGUCGUUGCAGCUAAAGACGCAAACAUUAUGGCUGGUGUUGAUGCCUGGAAAGCCACCAUCAUCA